ACUGUCAGAACCGUGUCAGCAGCUCGGGGCAAAGAAGAGUAACAUGAAGCCACAAACAAUUGUUGUAUUCUUAGCUUUCUUUUGCCCUACAGUAUCUGGGGCAGUGUUCCUGAAGAAGCAAAGCGCUAGCGCAGUGUUGAACCGCUCUGGGCGAGCAAAUGCAGGCACGUUCGAGGAAAUGAGAUCUGGCAACCUGGAGCGCGAGUGUAUGGAAGAAGUGUGUAAUUAUGAGGAGGCGCGCGAAGUGUUCGAAAACGACGUUGUAACGAAAGAAUUUUGGUUGAGCUACCAUGCUCGGGAGCCCUGCUUGACAAACCCAUGCAAAAACACAGGGACUUGCAUAUUCUUGGCAGACUCUUAUAUCUGCCAAUGCCUAGAGGGCUUCGAGGGCAAAUAUUGUGAAGAAGCAUUUGUGGAUAAGUUGAAGUGUCAAUAUCUGAAUGGCGGCUGUGAGCAGUUCUGUGAUGGUUCUGGCCCCAAGCACAAGUGUUCAUGUGCCUUGGGAUAUGCCCUUGGAGCAGAUGGGAAAUCUUGCAAUGCUCAAGUUCAUUAUCCAUGCGGGAGGGUACCUGUUCAGACAAAUGAUACUGUUAUGCUGCAGUCUGUUGGUGGACACCAGUGCCCCAAAGGCCACUGCCCCUGGCAGGUACUGUUGGUGUACAAAGGAGAAAACCUCUGUGGAGGAGUUUUAGUAGACUCUAGCUGGGUCAUCACAGCUGCUCACUGUGUGGAUAAAAGAGAUAUAACACAUUUUAAGGUUAUAACAGGUGACCAUAAUAUUGACAUGAGGGAAGACACAGAGCAAGAGUUUCCUGUAUCCUAUAUGAUUGUCCAUGAGAACUAUGACCCAGUUUCAAUGGAUAGCGACUUGGCUCUUUUGCGGCUAAGCGGGCAAGCUAAGCUUUCAGUAUACACUAUUCCUGUCUGCCUGCCAACGGCCCAGUUUGCAGAGGCCGAGCUAGCCGCCAUCCGCUUCCACACUGUUAGUGGGUGGGGCCGGCACACGCAAGGUGGCAACGAUCAAGGCUCUAAGGGAGCUAAAAGACCAGGUUCCCCCUUGAUGCGGAGGUUCGCCGUGCCGCUGCAACCCAAGCCACUGUGCUCCAGAAUUAGCAGGGUUAAUAUCACUGAUAAUAUGCUCUGCGCUGGUUACUUUGAGAGUAGCCAGGAGUCUUGUCGCGGAGGUGACGGUAGCCCCCUGGUAACAGAGUACAGGGAGACGGUUUUCCUCAAAGGGAUAGUGUCUUGGGGAAAAGGCUGUGCCCAGCCAGGGUUCUACAGCAUAUAUACCAAAGUUUCCAACUUCCUGGAUUGGAUUCAGCAGAUCAUGGCCACCCCAACUGCCCAGUUGGAUGCAUUCAUCAAAACUAUAAAUACCACAGCCAAGGCUGAGCCUGCACCUCAGCAAUCUAUCAUUAACUGA